UCUCAACCCAAUCUUUCCAUCAAUCUUUUGUACAUCUACAUCUUUCUUUGUAUAUUCGUUUUAAAAAGAGAUAGGAGAAAUGGCGAGUAUACAAUCUAUCAGGGCCAAUUGCCGGAAGGUCAUGUGUAUAGGCAGGAACUAUGCUGACCACGUCAAAGAACUCAACAACGUCCGCCCAAAACAGCCCUUCUUCUUCCUCAAGCCGCCAUCUUCGAUCCUUCUACCCGGCGCCGGACCCGUUCUCCGGCCUAAAGGAGUGUCGAUGCACUAUGAAGUUGAGCUCGGCCUAAUUAUGGGCAAGACAGUGCGAGACCUAGACUCUGAAGACACGAAAGGAGCCAUGGACGCUAUUGAAGGUUAUCUGCUCGCCAUCGACAUGACAGCCCGCAACGUCCAGGAGGAGGCCAAGAAGAAAGGCCUCCCUUGGUCCAUCGCCAAAGGCUUCGAUACUUUCCUCCCCAUCAGCAAUCUGAUCGCCAAAUCGCGCGUCCCGGAUCCCCACAAGGCACAUCUCUGGCUCUCUGUGAACAACGACAUGAAGCAGUCCGACAACACCGAGCUAAUGCUAUUCCGCAUUCCAAGACAGCUAAGCGAUAUCAGCCGCGUAAUGACGCUCGAGAAAGGAGAUAUCGUGUUAACUGGAACGCCGAAAGGAGUGGGUCCCGUAAAGACGGGCGAUGUGAUGAAGGCGGGACUGAGGGUUGAUGGUAAGGAUAUUGAGGAGGCGAACAUUGAGGUCUCAGUUGUUGAUCGUGAGGGGCCGUACGAAUUCAAAGAGACGUAGAUUCGACAUCAGGGUUAAUAGAGUUCGUCUCUCCUGAACAGACUGCAAACACUGACCC